AUGGCGGUGCUGCAUCAUUCGACAAUGAACGGGGAUAUUGUAAAUUUUAAUAUAGGACCGCGAGCGGAGGAUGCUUUUUCCUCUGGGAAUUUGCAAGAUGAGAUUGAGAAUAUUCAGAGAGUUAUCCAAGUCACCCGGCGCAAGCUGGAGAAGAUGAAUGCCGAGUUUGGCAGACAUCAACAUCCACCUCCCAUGUAUAUUCAGGAAUAUGAGGAACUAGCAAACAAGAUUCACGAAUAUCAGACGCGUGAGGCCAAGCUUCUGGAGCAGAUGAGUAUUGGGCGGGGAUCACCCCCUGCUAGUCCCACCCCGGAGUCCAUCUCCGACCCGGAACUGCCGCUGCUGUCCCCCGGCCCACUCACCCCCAAUAGCACCUCGAGCACUGCAUGGUCUCAGACCCCAGUUUGCCAGCGCAGUCCACAGCUACCCCUGAGGUCGCCAGGGGGUCACACAUGUAUCAAGGCUCACUUGCCAAACAGCAUGGUCACCACAGUUAUAGCAAUUCCCGGUGUUAAUUUACGAGAUGGUCUUGCAAAAUCCAUGAGGAGAAGGGGACUGGAUCCCAACAAGUGUCUGGUGUUCCGACACAAAACAAGAAUUCCACUCACUUGGAAUACGGACAUGGCCGAGCUCUUGGGUCAAGAAGUGUCCGUGGAACUCAUCGAGAAUGAUGAGGAGAGCAUCCUCACCAGCCGGUCUAUGCCGCGCGCCGUUAUUCUAUCACACAACUUCGGUAGGAAGACAUUUUUCUCACUCACGUUCUGUGAUAUGUGCAGAAACCUGUUGUUUCAAGGCUUUCGCUGUCAAACAUGCGGACUCAAGUUCCACCAGCGCUGCGAAGACAAAGUCCCGCGCACGUGUCAGGGCGACCUUGAAAUUUACUUCAGAGCACGGAGGGACAAUUCUCGCGAACAGAUCAGACAGUUACUGGCAGACCAGAUGGCCGCGGGUAAGAGUCAGGGUUUGCCAUCUCCGAGGACGGGUCACAGAAGCCGACCUCCUGCUCCGCAACUGGGCCAGAGAGAGCGAUCGACAUCAGCACCUAACGUUUGUUCAAACAUGAUUGACAACGGAGAGAUGACACAGCAGGAAUUUAGUCGGAGGUUCAGAGACCUGGGUAGAAACACUCGAGGUUUAGGAGUUCCGGUGGCCUCGAGUAAUCGCUAUAGCAUGUACAAAGAUAAGAGACAUGCUAGCGAUAGUAGUGCUCCGUCUCCCUCUAAGCCCUUCUUUGGGCCCAGUCAAAGGGGACCGUUGGGCAAUGUCUCGAACACCCUGACCCUGCCGGGCAGUUUGGCUGGUGCCAGUGGCAGUCCUACGAAGAGUGCCCAAUCCUCACCCACGAGUCAAGCCAAAUAUGUUCGACCACGAGCAAAAUCAGUGGAAACUGAACCAGGCAAACGGCGCGCGCGCCGUGAUUCCAACGAGGACUGGGAGAUUCAGAGCUCAGAGAUUGUGUAUGACCAGCGAAUUGGCUCCGGUUCAUUCGGGACCGUCUACAAGGCUCACUGGCACGGACCCGUGGCCGUCAAGAAGCUGAACGUUACCGAUCCAACUCCAGCUCAAAUGCACGCCUUUAAAAAUGAGGUGGCAGUCUUGAGGAAGACAAGACACUGUAAUAUAUUGCUGUUCAUGGGCUGUUUGUCGAAGCCGCACCUCGAAAUUGUCACCCAGUGGUGCGACGGUCACAGCCUCUACAAACAUCUGCACGUGAAGGAGACGAAGUUCCGCAUGGAUCAGCUGAUUCUCAUCGCCAAGCAGACCGCUCAAGGCAUGGACUACCUUCAUGCAAAGAACAUCAUCCACAGAGAUCUCAAGUCAAACAACAUAUUUUUGACGGAAGUGAUGACGGAGAACAUGAUGGUUAAGAUCGGAGAUUUUGGAUUGGCGACCGUGAAAACACGAUGGAGUGGAUCCCACCAGUUUCAGCAGCCUUCGGGGUCCAUAUUGUGGAUGGCUCCGGAAGUUAUCCAGAUGAAAGACCCAAAUCCGUACACCUUCCAAUCGGAUGUGUAUGCAUUUGGUAUUGUGUUGUACGAGCUAGUGACCCAGGAGUUGCCUUACAAACACAUCAACAACAAAGAUCAGAUCCUGUUUAUGGUUGGGAAAGGCUACUUGAGGAUUGAUAUCGCCAAGUCGAGGAACGACACACCCAAGAUCUACAAACGACUGAUGCAGGAUUGUGUCCAAUACGACUGGAACAACAGGCCACUGUUCCCACAGAUUCUAGCCAUCUUGGAGAAUUUAUAUGUGUCGAUACCGAAAAUAAAAAGGAGCAAGUCUGAACCAGCAAUUCACCGGACUGACUCGUUUGAUUUAGACUUCAAGUACAUGUGUGCGUCCCCGAAGACGCCUAUCAACAGUCAGUUCGCAUACUUCUCGUUUCUAACGGGCGGCAUUUAUUGAUGACACUGAUGCUGCUGGGAAUUCGUCUACGCCGGUCUCUCAUUUACCAAGUCUUUCCUCAUUGCUGCAGUAGCCUCGUUCCAGGUGCUUGUCGUCGUGUGCUAGGAGGAUCCAUGUCAGCGGCUUCACACGGACUGCUGUCUUCUCGUCUCUACAGACUCGGGGAUAGGGAGUUGGUACAGGACUAGACAGACCACUAGGUCUGCACACUUCAAACACUGUUUGUGAGUGUGGGUUAACAGUGACACAAACUAAUGUCAGGAUGUUGAGACAGUCUGCAUACCGGAAACACGGUUUGUGAGUGUGGGUUGACAGUGACACAAACUAAUGUCAGGAUGUUGAGACAGUCUGCAUACUGGAAACACUGUUUGUGUGUGUGGGUUGACAGUGACACAAACUAAUGUCAGGAUGUUGAGACAGUCUGCAUACUGGAAACAUGGUUUGUGAGUGUGGGUUGACAGUGACACAAACUAAUGUCAGGAUGUUGAGACAGUCUGCAUACUGGAAACAUGGUUUGUGUGUGUGGGUUGACAGUGACACAAACUAAUGUCAGGAUGUUGAGACCGUCUGCAUACUGGAAACAUGGUUUGUGUGUGUGGGUUGACAGUGACACAAACUAAUGUCAGGAUGUUGAGACAGUCUGCAUACUGGAAACAUGGUUUGUGUGUGUGGGUUGACAGUGACACAAACUAAUGUCAGGAUGUUGAGACAGUCUGCAUACUGGAAACAUGGUUUGUGAGUGUGGGUUGACAGUGACACAAACUAAUGUCAGGAUGUUGAGACAGUCUGCAUACUGGAAAGAUUUCAUCAUAGGUUCAGACAAACUAGUGUUUCUAUACUGACAGACUACAGACUUCAAAAAUGUUCUGUGUAGGUUCAGACAAACAAACUAAAUGUCAGUAAACUGACAGUUUGCAGACAAACGAUUCUGUGUGUAGGAUCAGGCAAGCUAUUGUGACAGAAUCUGGACAUAUUGUUAAUUGCAGGUAGACCUGGAGGUUUUUAAAAAAAAAGAGUUUUAUUCAGCUUCUGGUAGGCUACAGUAUACAAGUGUGUUUAAAUAUGCUGGACACAGGUUUGUCUGUUCAAUGCUUCUGGUAGGCUACAGUAUACAAGUGCGUUUAAAUAGGCUGGAUACAGGUUUGUCUGUUCAAUGCUUCUGGUAGGCUACAGUAUACAAGUGUGUUUAAAUAGGCUGGAUACAGGUUUGUCUGUUCAGUGCUUCUGGUAGGCCACUUUAUGAAAUGGAGGUUUCAAUAUUUUUUAAGGCAAAUAACUAUUUUGGGUUUUGGGGAAUGAUUUGUAGAUUGUGGUAAGCAACUGUAUUCCACUUUAUGGAAUAGUCUGCAGAGUUUGGUAGGUCAUUGAUUAGAGGUUUGGGGAAGGGUCUGUUUUCUACAGAUUUGGUUUGUAUGCUGCUGCUAGUAGGCUGCAGUAUAAUUAUUAUACCAUUAAAUUGUGAAUUGGUCUAAUGCAGAUUUAAGUAGGCCAUUGAAUAAACAUUUGGGAUUGGUAUUGGUCUGUAAGCAUAAUAUGUAAAAUAGUCUGUAUGCAAUUUCUUCAUUCAGGUUUGGGGAAUAUGUUCAGGUUAGCAUUAGUGAAAAUAGUUAAGUGAAGAUUUUGGGAUGUCAUUGAAUAAAGUUUGGAAAAAUAUUUGAAAGUAGUGUUUGGUAGACAUUUGUCUUCCAGAUUGAAAAUGGUUUAGCAAAUGGCUACAGACAAAUUUUUAAAAUAUCUGGAUUCAGUUGCUGGAAGAUUAUGGUCUGUCUAUAUAUUGGACUUCUAGUUUUUAUAUUUCAUUUGUAGAUUUGGCUGAUGGUCCUUGAGCAACCUUUGGAAGACCAAUAUCUGUAUGUUUGGCUAAUGAUCUGUUAGCAGCUUUUGAUAAACUAUUGUCUACAGGUUUGGCUCAUGUUCUGAAUGCAGCUUCUGAUGAGCUACAGUGCAAGUGUGGUGUGUGUGCUGCUGGUAGACAAAGGUAUCCAGGUUUGAGGAGUAGGUUUCAGCUUCUGACAGGUCACUGUAUGCAGCUACCAUUUACUAUCUACAUCCAGAAUCAGACAAGUGCCACUGGAUCUUGAUAAUUACAUGCAUGUGUAUUCAAACACCAACAUACACAGACACAGGGAUUCACAUAUACAGAUAAAAUUCAAAUGGUUUCUUCAGGUAUAGCUAAUAAAAUCGGGCAAAAGCAUAGGGUAUGGUAUUUGUCAUAGUGCAACAAUGUAUUGCAGAAGUUAAGUAUGAUGGUAGUAUUCGGGGGUUUUUUUCAGGGUUUUAUAAAUAUGGUAAAUCUUAGACUGAUAGAUGGAUGCAAAUGUUACUUUGGAGAUAUCGAGGGUUUAUGAACAACUGCUACAGAUGUGUACAGUUUGUGAUUAAAGUGAACCAGCGACUGAGAACAAGUCCUCAUGUGCUUGGUUAUCGGCCGAUUGUUUACGUACCACUGUACAGUUUAUGAUUAAAGUGAACCAGCGACUGAGAACAAGUCAUGAUGUGCUUGGUUAUCGGCCGAUCGUUUACGUACCACUGUACAGUUUGUGAUUAAAGUGAACCAGCAACUGAGAACAAGUCCAUGUGCUUGGUUAUCGGCCAAUCGUUUACAUACAACUGGACAGUUGGUGAUUAAAGUGAACCGGCGACUGAGAACAAGUCGUGAUGUGCUUGGUUAUCGGCCGAUCGUUUACGUACAACUGUACAGUUUGUGAUUAAAGUGAACCGGCGACUGAGAACAAGUCGUGAUGUGCUUGGUUAUCGGCCGAUCGUUUACGUUACCACUGUACAGUUUGUGAUUAAAGUGAACCGGCGACUGAGAACAAGUCGUGAUGUGCUUGGUUAUCGGCCGAUCGUUUACGUACAACUGUACAGUUUGUGAUUAAAGUGAACCGGCGACUGAGAACAAGUCGUGAUGUGCUUGGUUAUCGGCCGAUCGUUUACGUACAACUGUACAGUUUGUGAUUAAAGUGAACCGGCGACUGAGAACAAGUCGUGAUGUGCUUGGUUAUCGGCCGAUCGUUUACGUACAACUGUACAGUUUGUGAUUAAAGUGAACCGGCGACUGAGAACAAGUCGUGAUGUGCUUGGUUAUCGGCCGAUCGUUUACGUUAGGACCUGGGUCUUUCUUGCACGUGAUACAAGCAAACUGAGUGAUACGUUUAUGAAGAGAGUUUUACAAGAGACUGUUAUUUUUAAUAGUGUGGUUAACAGACGAACAUUAAACAUUGUCUGUCCUGUUUGUGAUGAACUUAAUUGCUUAAGAGACACUAGACUUUUGUGCAUGUGUGGCUCAAGCUGCUGCAAACCAAUGGAAGUGAUCUCUACCAAUGAAACUGCUUGUAACAUAUCCUGAAGUGAUCAUUUAGAAGUGAUCACAGUGUAUAGCUUAAUGACAUUAGUUUGCCACUGAGAGCGACACACAAGAAAAUUCUGUCCUUUUUUUUGUCAUUUCUCAAAUAUGGAAAAGGAUAGUUUGUUGACUGACUUUGACUAUUUGUUCCUGAAAAACUUGGUCCUGACAAACAUUGCAAAACUGCAGCAACAGUUUGUUGGUGUAAAAAACAAACAGAGAAAUGCUGGCACAGUUGGUGCAUAUGUAGUGCACAUUUCUCUCGGAAACAUUUUCAACAAACGUGCAGUUUGCAAAGAACACAACUUUAAAAAAAUAGUUUUAUGUAUUGUCACAAUGCAAAGUGUUAACUAUUUAUUGGCACAGUUGAUCACAUCAGCUGAAUGUAUAUAUACAAUUUGUAGGUUUAGUAAACAGAUAAAAGGGUACAAAACAACAGUGGGCAGGAAGACUCUAUAGUUCUUAACAUAUAAAUGGCAUUAUGGUGAUUACAACAUCCUAAAAUGGCAAACGGUGACUCUCUAAGUCUUAGCUUUUGGUCCACUUAAUAUGCCAAUAUUUUUAACUGAAUCCAGUUGACGUUUUACUCAUUGACUGGCAUGAUGUGCAUUGUGUAUUAUGGCGCUUUGAUGUGUUAGCCUAGCUAACUGAUCAAAGCUUAGUUAUUCACCCAAUUAUUUAUCAUUGUAAAUUUUGUACAUAUUUUGAGCUUCUGUACAUAUAUGAAUUUUUUUUUAAUGGGGCCGGGCGAAAUGAACUGGGUAGUGAGACCGUGAUCACUGCUACAUGUGUGUUUUGAAUGCUUUUACAAGACUGAACCUGUGUGUGGGACCUGGGGAGCAUUUUUAUUUGCUUGUUGUACAAUGAUGUGUACAUUGUUUUCUUAGGGGUGGGGUGGUCACUGUGUGUGAAUUUUUUGCCUUAAUUUAUUUCAAAUGUUGUCUUUGUUGAUGUUUUGACCCAAUGGGCACUAGCGCCAGUUUUGUAUGUCGUUAGUAUUUAUGCAAGCCUUCAAUCUGUAUAGUGUAUACAUGUAGAUAACUGAAAAUAUUGGCUUCCUUCUGUAGUUGUUUACUCUGUCAAUUUUCCCCUGAUGUACUCGCCUGCAACUCAACAUCUUCCCCAUUAAAAUAUUGGCUAGGGAUUUUGGAAGCAAUCCUUUUGCUGAGAAAUCGUAAAACCAUCAUAGGUUGUGACGUCACUACAGCAGACGCCAUAGUGAUGUCCUACCUUAUGAUGGUUUUACAAUUUGGUAGGCUAAGAUUGCUUCCAAAAUGUGGGCCCAGUUUACUGCAUGAUAAUAAAUUGAAAGUUGAAAUUAAUAUUAUGGGUUAUAGGUUAAAAAUAAGUUCCCAGUGUUAUGAUUGGUUCAAAUAGACCUGUAUUGGCUUUGAUAAAAUAUUAUAACUUUAAACCCAUCUAAUGUAUUCUACGGUUUGUUUGUCAUCCGUCCAUAAGACUUGGCUUUCUUGAAGAUGCUGUUGAUACCAAAUCUGCAUUCGGUGGACAUGAAUGCUUCUUAACAUUACAAAACACCUGUAACGUAGGUUUUGCACUCAACUUUAAAUAAAUGUGACAGGACUGGCAACUAAAGAAACUAAAAGUUAAAUAUUAAACUCCAAAUUAUGCUAUGCAGGGCUUGAACUUAACGACUGCAUCAAUGGCAAUUGCAGACAUUGAAAUAGAAAUAGCUGCCAUCAGUAAAAUUCCUCAAACACAGCUAUUAUUUAACAUUUGUAAAUUUGAAAUAUGUCUACAUGCAACAAAAUAAUCUUUCAGUCUCUUCACCAUCGGCAAUUAUAAAAAUAGUUGCCACGGGUGACAAAUUCUUAAGUUCAAGUCCUGCUAUGGGUGGUUGUGUGUCCACUAUGUCUGUUUCCUUAAAAUUAUUAAUGUUUUAUAAACAGAUGAUCUUAUCAGUCAUCAAAUUUGAUCAUACGACUUUCCAGCAUUUGAAAUAAGCACUUGUCUGUCCUGACAAGUGAAAAUCUGCUCAAACAAGCAAAAUGUACCUGGGUGAUUGUCCAGUAGGCUAGUAAAAAUUUAUGAUGCAGUUUCAUUUUGAACAAUCAAAAACAUUGUCCUUACAUGUGAAUAAAAUAAACAACUUAUUUGGACAAGUGAAAAUAUUGGUGGACAGUUAAUUUCUAGAUGUGGUUGUCUGAUGGACUAGUGAAACAUUCUGGUUAUUUUUACGACUUGGUCAUCACAGCAACAUUCUUGAAAAGAAACAAUUUGUUGAACCAUUUUGGCCAAGAUAUUUUAAAACUGAUUUUCUAUGGGAAUCACUAGUGGGAAUGUAUGAGAGUCCUAAGGUUUACAAUAGAUGUGUUGAACCAUAAUAUUUUAAUUUUAACUUGACAUCACCUUUUGAUGUUGGCCACGAUACUUUCACAAAUGAAUGUUGUGGUUGCCUCAUCAGUGGCCAUCUGUAGAACUAGUAGGUGAUGUCUAGUGCUAGUUGAGCUGGAAGUUAGGUGUAUAUGGCCAUCAUCUGCUUUCAUCAUCAACUCUUUGUUCUAAUUGAGAUGGAAGUUCAGGUGUAUAUGGCCAUCAUCUGCUUUCAUCAUCAACUCUUUGUUCUUGUUGAGAUGGAAGUUCAGGUGUAUAUGGCCAUCAUCUGCUUUCAUCAUCAACUCUUUGUUCUAGUUGAGAUGGAAGUUCAGGUGUAUAUGGCCAUCAUCUGCUUUCAUCAUCAACUCUUUGUUCUAGUUGAGAUGGAAGUUCAGGUGUAUAUGGCCAUCAUCUGCUUUCGUCAUCAACUCUUUUGUUCUAGUUGAGAUGGAAGUUUAUGGUUAUUCUCAGCUUUCAUCGUCAACUCUUUGUUCUAGUUGAGAUGGAAGUUUAUGGUUAUUCUCAGCUUUCAUCAUCAACUCUUUGUUCUAGUUGAGAUGGAAGUUCAGGUGUACAUGGCCAUCAUCUGCUUUCAUCGUCAACUCUUUUGUUUCAGGCAUCACAUGUACAUGGGUAUUGUAUUGACAAACCAACAGAUGUAGGACAGCUGCUCACUACACAUUGGCUCACCAAGGAAACAUAAACAUGGACAUUUGCUCAUUAAGGAAACACAAACAGCUCUCUAUUUUUUGGUUUUAUUUAGGGAGGGCAUAUAAAUGGCUGACCAAGCAGAUAUGUGCAAUGAGUUGUUUAUAUAUAUAUUUUGUCAUUAACAAGAUCAUGGCAGAUCUUGUACCACAAGAAGUCGUGUGAUACUGUGAUGAAGAGUGGAAAGUUACAGAAUUAUAAUUAUUAGUCCGACAAGGUUUUUGUCAUUCUUGGCCUAGUGUUAGAAAAUAUGUCUUGUCAUAAAAUAAGCUAUCCCUUCCAGUUUAUUUUAUUGGGGGGAUGGGGGUUGAAGGGUUCUUGGUUAUAUUCACUAAAGCAUAUGCUACCGGGUAGUACCAUGGCCAUAUAUCAGUCAUGUGCUGUCCAGGGUGGGUUAAUGGUCAGUGGGAGAGGUCUAGUAGCCUCAUCUCUCCUCACAGAAACGGGGGUGCAGUCAGCUGUGGGAUUUCAACCCAACACGUUCCAGUUCAAGGCCAAUGGCUUAAAUCACUGUUACCAGACUGGUAUCUUUCAAUUAUCAGCAACAUACUUCUAUACCAGUUAAGAUAUAUCAGGUAAGUUUUGUCCUUGCAGAUUACAGCAAUUGUCAAACUUUAGGUCAUUGAAUUAACAAAUGACAUAACACUUGUACAUUUUUAGGUGAUAUUGGGGAAUGUUUUAUUCCAGUGCGAGUUCCAACCAAGAACCAGGUUUCACCCACUUCACGUUAUGAUUGUGGUUGUUUCGCCCGAGUGCAUUUUGAUUAUGGGAGACUAUUACCCAGCAGGCACGGUGGGUUCCAUGUUCUCAGGCUCAGGUGAUACAGAGUUCGCUCAACUGAUGGCGUGGAUCAUGGCCCUGUAGAGUAGUCCCACGCAGAAUGGGAAAUGCUGCCACUCGACUAUUUAUCUCAUUAACAUCAUCUCUUUAGGUUUGUGAUUUCCUUCUCUUUGUUAAAUAUUUAUGACAUGUUUGUAAAACUAUGUAUGUUAAAACACAAUUGGUCAUGACUGUUCUGAAAGAAGGUAUAGAUGUCUCGGUAAAACUGGAUGUACAUGAGCACUUGUCCUGGUGAGCGAGUCUGGCGAGCAGCUGUCUGCACCCUGCUGGUACAUGGCUGAAAACUGUUUUCACGUGUUUGUGCAGAAAUGAUAACAAUUAAAUAUUUCAAGAAAAA